AUGCAGUGCUGUUUUUCCAGACUGAAGACGCAAGGCAUUGUGUACAAAGGAGGUGGGUACAGAGGAGAAGGGUUCAGAGGAGGUGGGUUCAGAGGAGGUGGGUUCAGAGGAUGUGGGUACAGAGGAGGUGGGUACAGAGGAGGUGGGUACAGAGAGGAGGUGGGUACAGAUGAUGUGGGUACAGAUGAUGUGGGUACAGAGGAGGUGGGUACAGAGGAGGUGGGAUCAGAGGAGGUGGGUACAGAGGAGGUGGGUACAGAGGAGGUGAGUACAGAGGAGGAGGUGGGUACAGAGGAGGUGGGUUCAGAGGAGGUGGGUACAGAGGAUGUGGGUACAGAGGAGGUGGGUACAGAGGAGGUGGGUACAGAGGAGGUGGGUACAGAGGAGGUGGGUACAGAGAGGAGGCGGGUACAGAUGAUGUGGGUACAGAUGAUGUGGGUACAGAGGAGGUGGGUACAGAGGAGGUGGUACAGAGGAGGUGGGAUCAGAGGAGGUGGGUACAGAGGAGGUGGGUACAGAGGAGGUGGGUACAGAGGAGGUGAGUACAGAGGAGGUGGGUACAGAGGAGGUGAGUACAGAGGAGGUGGGUACAGAGGAGGUGGGUACAGAGGAGGUGGGUACAGAGGAGGUGGGUACAGAGAAGGUGGGUACAGAGGAGGUGGGAUCAGAGGAUGUGGGUACAGAGGAGGUGGGUACAAAGGAGGUGGGUACAGAGGAGGUGGGUUCAGAGGAUGUGGGUACAGAGAGGAGGUGGGUACAGAUGAUGUGGGUACAGAGGAGGUGGGAUCAGAGGAUGUGGGUACAGAGGAGGUGGGUACAGAGGAGGUGGGUACAGAGGAGGUGGGUACAAAGGAGGUGGGAUCAGAGGAUGUGGGUACAGAGGAGGUGGGUACAGAGGAGGUGGGUACAAAGGAGGUGGGACAGAGGAUGUGGGUACAGAGGAGGUGGGUACAGAGGAGGUGGGUACAGAGGAGGUGGGUACAAAGGAGGUGGGUACAGAGGAGGUGGGUUCAGAGGAGGUGGGUACAGAGAGGAGGUGGGUACAGAGAGGAGGUGGGUACAGAUGAUGUGGGUACAGAUGAUGUGGGUACAGAGGAGGUGGGUACAGAGGAGGUGGGUACAGAGGAGGUGAGUACAGAGGAGGUGGGUACAGAGGAGGUGGGUACAGAGGAUGUGGGUACAGAGGAGGUGGGUACAGAGGAGGUGAGUACAGAGGAGGUGGGUACAAAGGAGGUGGGUACAGAGGAGGUGGGUUCAGAGGAGGUGGGUACAGAGGGGGUGGGUACAGAGGAGGUGGGUACAGAGGAGGUGGGUACAGAGGAGGUGGGUACAAAGGAGGUGGGUACAGAGGAUGUGGGUACAGAGGAGGUGGGUACAGAGGAGGUGGGUACAGAGGAGGUGAGUACAGAGGAGGUGGGUACAGAGGAGGUGAGUACAGAGGAGGUGGGUACAAAGGAGGUGGGUACAGAGGAGGUGGGUUCAGAGGAUGUGGGUACACAGAGGAGAGGAGGUGGGUACAGAGGAGGUGGGUUCAGAGGAGGUGGGUACAGAGGGGGUGGGUACGGAGGGGGUGGGUACAGAGGAGGUGGGAUCGAGAAGGUGGGAUCAGAGGAGGUGGGAUCAGAGGAGGUGGGUACAGAGGAGGUGGGUACAGAGGAGGUGGGUACAGAGGAGGUGAGUUCAGAGGAGGUGGGUACAGAGGUUGUGGGUAAAGAGGAGGUGGGUACAGAGGAGGUGGGUACAGAGGAUGUGGGUACAGAGGAGGUGGGAUCAGAGGAGGUGGGUACAGAGGAGGUGGGAUCAGAGGAGGUGGGUUCAGAGGAGGUGGGUACAGAGGGGGUGGGUACAGAGGGGGUGGGUACAGAGGAGGUGGGUACAGAGGAGGUGGGUACAGAGGAGGUGGGUACAGAGAAGGUGGGUACAGAGAAGGUGGGUACAGAGGAGGUGGGUACAGAGGAGGUGGGUACAGAGGAGGUGGGUUCAGAGGAGGUGGGUACAGAGGAGGUGGGUACAGAGGAGGUGGGUACAGAGGAGGUGGGAUCAGAGGAGGUGGGUUCAGAGGAGGUGGAUACAGAGGCGGUGGGUCCAGAGGCGGUGGGUCCAGAGGCGGUGGGUACAGAGGCGGUGGGUACAGAGGAGGUGGGUACAGAGGAGGUGGGUCCAGAGGCGUGGGUACAGAGGAGAGGAGGUGGGUACAGAGAAGGUGGGUACAGAGGAGGUGGGUACAGAGGAGGUGGUACAGAGGAGGUGGGUACAGAGGAGGUGGAAUCAGAGGAGGUGGGUACAGAGGAGGUGGGAUCAGAGGCGGUGGGUACAGAGGAGACCAUCCCCAUGGACCUACUGCCCCCAUGGACCUACUGCCUCAUGGACCUACUGCCUCAUGGACCUACUGCCUCAUGGACUUACUGCCCCCAUGGACCUACUGCCCCCAUGGACUUACUGCCCCCAUGGACCUACUGCCUCAUGGACCUACUGCCUCAUGGACCUACUGCCUCAUGGACCUACUGCCUCAUGGACCUACUGCCUCAUGGACCUACUGCCCCCAUGGACCUACUGCCCCAUGGACCUACUGCCCCCAUGGACCUAACCUUCACUAACCCUAACCCUCCCUAA